AGUUUCGUGAAGACCCUGACGGGUAAGACCAUUACCCUUGAGGUCGAGUCCUCCGACACGAUCGACAAUGUCAAGUCCAAGAUCCAGGACAAGGAGGGCAUCCCCCCUGACCAGCAGCGCCUGAUCUUCGCUGGCAAGCAGCUUGAGGAUGGCCGCACCCUCUCCGACUACAACAUCCAGAAGGAGUCCACCCUCCACUUGGUCCUCCGCCUCCGUGGUGGUAUCAUUGAGCCCUCUCUUAAGGCUCUUGCCUCCAAGUUCAACUGCGACAAGAUGAUCUGCCGCAAGUGCUACGCUCGUCUUCCCCCCCGUGCGACCAACUGCCGUAAGCGCAAGUGCGGUCACACCAACCAGCUCCGCCCCAAGAAGAAGCUCAAAUAG